AUGAGAAUUACCCGGACGUACUGCGGCUCAAUCGAACUUUCAAUUUAUCCACUUUUAGGGUUUAGGGUUAUAAACAACAGCGAUAUUGAUCAAAACACAUACAUACAUAUAUCAUACAUAGUAAAUUCAAGUAUGUCUGUAAAUGAAAGUAAAUAUAAAUAUAGAAUGGAAAUUCAACAAAUGAUGUUUGUCCUGGGAGAAUCAAAUGAUCCUCCAAUAGAAACAACAUCAAUAAUAGAAGAUAUAGUACGAGGACAAGUUAUGGAAAUAUUACUCCAAGCAACAAAGACAGCUUCCAGUAGAGGAUCUAAAUCAAUAGCCCCAGAAGAUGUAAUAUUUCUAAUAAGACACGACAAGGCAAAGGUGAAUAGAUUAAGAACUUAUUUAUCUUGGAAAGAUGUUCGUAAGAAUGCAAAAGAUCAAGAAGGUGGAGGUACUGAAUCCUUAAUGGAGAAUGACCCAGCGGCAGCUGCAGGCGGUGCUGCGGGAGCAGGUGCAAGUAGCCAAACAAAUGAUUCUUCUAAGAUGCUUUCACGUUACAAGAAGUCAAAGAUUCGAUUACCUUGGGAAAUACAAUUCAUGUUUAGUGAACAACAUUUAGAAACUGCUGAAGAAGCUGAACAAGUUGAUGAUGAAGAAAAAGCAGCCACGAUAGCCUCAUUAAAAAGAUUAAAACUGGCAGAUGAUAGAACUAAGAAUAUGACCAAAGAAGAAUAUGUCCAUUGGUCAGAAUGUAGACAAGCAUCAUUUACGUUUAGAAAGGCAAAGAGAUUCAGGGAAUGGGCCCAAAUUGCCCAAUUAUGUGAUACUAGACCUAACGAUGAUGUUAUUGAUAUAUUGGGAUUCUUAACGUUUGAAAUUGUAUGUUCAUUAACUGAAGAAGCAAUGACAAUAAAAAAUUCCGAACAGAAAUUAGAUGCAAUUCAAAAGGAAAAGAAUAAGGAUGGCAAAGAAACUGCUAGUCCGAAAAAGAGAAAGUAUCUAUUUGAUAAACCAGAUGAAUUGGCUCAUCCAUUAUUACCCUACCACAUUGAAGAAGCUUGGAGAAGAUUACAGAUGACUGAUUUUAAACAUAAAGCAGCAAGAUCUUUUGGCGGAGGAUUGAUCAAAACUAGAACAAGAUUAAUUUAA